UUGACAGCAAUGAACACUGGAGACAACUAAAUUUUAGAUUGAGCACCGUUUAAGAGGUCCUUGAUCAUGUUCAUAUCCAUAAUCCAGGUUAACUUUUAGGCCUAAGUCAAAUUUAGGCUAAUGUCAGAAAGAUUUUCCUAACGGUAAUGUGCAUGACCGUAUUAUUGGCAGGUCCCUUACCCUUUACUUUGAAAACCAAUCAGACUUAACAGUACAGUAGGUAGCAAAAUUAAGGACCUGGCCACUGUACGGUCACAUACAUUUAUACUACACGCCGGACAUCACUUGACACCAUGUGCACAGACCCAGUGAGGCUGGUCUGAAAAGCAAUGCUAUGAUGCAUCAUGGGUAAUGUGGAGACACACAACUUGCCUCCAGUCAGGCCAGAUGAGAGGAGACAGUUGAAGCUGACGAGAAAGAUCACGCCACGGCAAUAUCAAAAGCAUGUUGAUGGCAGCAAUGAUAUUCCGGGUGCUCUGACUGCGUUACCAUGGGAACUGGUAGAUUCCAUCUCACUGUAUGAACACCUGGAUGUUUCUUUCAACCUCCUGCACUGCUUGCCGUCAGAACUUCCCAUGCGGCUCCCUCACCUGGCCUUCCUGGACCUCAGUCACAAUCGCCUCACCAACCUCCCCGAGAGCUUUGCCCUCCUGUUUCACCUCAGCACUCUCCUCCUGCACCACAACGUGUUGCAGGUGCUACCCGAGUCCUUUGUCAACCUCGUCAAGCUGGAGAGACUGGACCUGUCCCACAAUGCCCUGGAGCGGCUCCCAGGGGGCAUGGGCCGAAUGGAGUCCCUGAGGAAGCUGAAAGUCAGCGACAACUUUCUGACCACGCUGCCAACCUCCCUUGGACAGUCAGACUGCCUUGAGGUCAUCUUGGCCGUCAACAACAGAUGUGUAGUUCCGCCGCAGUCUGUUUGCAAUGAAGGAUCAGAUGCCGUGCUGAGAUAUCUGAGAAAGCAAUGCAAGAAUGGUGUAGCAACCACCAAAGGAGCAGACCAAGGCAACAUCUUCAUAAGAACUAGAGGCGAUGUGUUACAAUCAGCGGUGUCCAAUCCACACUCGGCACGAGCUCAAUACCUACAGCAGCAAACGGAAACCACAAACACGACGAGCAGAAUUCGAACACCGCUCAGACCGCCGCUGAACGCUACAACACUGGAAGCAGAUGAGCUCCGAGACAAGAUAGUGGGUUUGCUGUACGGAGCAGCUAUUGGUGAUGCCUUGGGCCUGAGCACAGCCCAGAUGAGUCCAGAUGAAUGCCGCUUCCAUUAUGACAAGGGUGCUCUUCAGUAUCAGGACAUCAUUAUCGACAAGUACAGACUGCAGUGGGACAAGGGUGACUGGACCACCCCGUUUGACCAAAUGGUCUUGGUGUUGGACUCUUUGCUGCACUGGGCGGGGGUCGUUGACGAGCUAGACUUUGCCAAGAGACUGUACCACUGGGCACAAUAUGGCUUCCCAGAGCUUGGCGACAAACAGGGAGCUACUGGCUUCAGCAACACCAUCGCCAAGGUUCUUACAAAUCCAAAGUACACCAAUGACCCUCAUGGGGCAUCACAAGGAUUGUGGGAUAGGUCACAUGACCAGCUGGACAGUGAAUCUUGCGAUCAUCUGGCGGACAAUGCAGCCAUUGUGCGGGCGGCCAUCUUGGGUAUCCCACAAUUCCACAACCUGAAGGAAGUUGUCAACAAUACAACCAGAAUUUGCAAGGCCACCCACUUUGACCCAAGGUGCCAAGCCAGCUGUGUCGUUGUGUCCGUGCUGAUAGCUUUACUGCUCCAAAAUGACCACAGCUGUUGCACCUCACCCGAUCAGUCUUUUCUGCCUUUCAUCGUUUCUGUAGCAACGGAUAUGGGCAGGAAGCAGCUAACAGAAGCAUCACAUCUGCAAGACUUUGACGACUUCAGCAAUCUGGAAGACUUGGCAGACUGGUCCAGGCUACAUCCAAACCGAUACAGUCAUACAUUCAAGCCCAUGGCAGCAGCUUUGAUUGUAUUGAAAUCAGGCAUGGACUUUAGGAAAGCCAUCUCGGGUUUAGUGAUGUUUGGCCGUGACAGCCCUAGUAAUGCCAGCGUCGCCGGUGCUGCAUUGGGCUGCCACUGGGGCUAUCGCAAGCUGCCCCAGGAGUGGGUGUCCACCCUACGGCCCAAACAAACCCAGUGGCUGGACAUCAAGAUUAACGCCCUCCUGGACAUGAUGGCGAUACCCUGACAUCUGGAACAUCUUCAGUGAGAUAUCCAACAACAUUCCCAGAAUGAAUGGUGCAGAGUGAAAUCUGGAACAUUGUCAUUCUGAACCCAGCUGAAGAAAGUCGAGUCAUGAUUCCUGAGCCCCCUGGUAGCUUAAACCAGGUUGUUUCUAGAAUUUAAAAGAUGGCGUUGAACCAACACCAAUGCCAAAAUAGUAGUUACUGCUGGUGUCUUCUUCAUUUGGUAAUGGAAUUUUGAUUUUUAAAUUCUUCUGUUAUGGAGAAGCAGGUGGAUUUUUGUAUGGGUAAUUUCCUUUUAUUUGGAAAUCUUGACAAUCAAAGUGCUGUUCACUCCUCUGCUUCCUUAGGACUAUCAAAGCUUUUUUAUCUUUUGAGACCAAUUCAAAGUUCAAAGAAACAACUUGUUAAUGUUACCAGUACAUCAUAUUCCAUAAGCCAAAAAUUACUUUCGUCAGCCUAGUUUGGGGAUGUUCUUGUCCCAUAUGUAGCACCUAUAUCAUUGUUAAUGGGAUGGCGUCACAGAAAUUUUCUCAGUUUCUUGAGGGAUGUACAAGACCCAAGUGUGACCUGUUGUGCCCUACUAUAAGCAGCUGUCCAUAGUCAUUAACACCUCUGUUAAAGUUACCUAGUUUGUCCUUACAAUCAUUUUUUGGCAACCUUAAGCAAGGUAUUCAGAAAAAUCUACAAUUGUGUUCAGCAUCCCUGAUUUGUUGAAACUUUGUUAAAGUUUUUUGUACCAUCAGAGCAAAGGUGUGGUUGGUAGUUGGCAGGCAUUAACUAGUUAUGCCCUUGGUGACACAAAUUGUGACUCCUCACACAAGUUUGGAGUGGGGCCCUGUGAUGUGCUUCCAUUUUUAGAUGUAACAAGUUUCCAUGACAAAAUGGUGGCACAUUCUCAGUGUUUAUCUUUGGAAGUUAUGCUUGUCACCUCUAUCAUAAAAAUUGCCAACAUUAUAUGCAAGUUUAUUUAAAAAUAUGCAUUUUGGGGCCGAAAUUGCCAAUUUAUUUUGUUGAUGAUUGUGUUUGUUACGCAGUGUGAUUUAAGUGCAAUAUUCUUUCAACAAAAAGUGUCGCUUGAAAGUCUGUGAAGGGUAAAAAAUCUAAUAUAUAAAACCUAAACCUGGACAUUAGAUAUGAUUGUGUAGCAUAAACAAUGAAAUAAUUAUGAUCUAUUAUACAUAUUUAAGGGGUAAGAUAAGGAGUAAUAGGUCUAAGCAAGCAUUUUCCUUCAUUUAACUCACAGUCAAAGAUAUUAUUUUGAAAGCUAGAAUCUGCUCUCUAUAAGGGAUCAUUGGUUUUUUGUUAAGCGAGAUUGGUCUCAAGUUUCUAAGAAUUACAGUGGCCAGUAACCUUAUAUUUAUAUUUCAAAUCACACUUACUCUUUUGCAUACAUGCACUUGUAGAAACUUUGUGAGAUGAUUUGCAAAGAGAAGAUGCCGUCAUUGGGUUGGGCAAAGUGUGCUGGGUCCUUGCACAUGAAUUUGUUUCACACAUUGUCAAAUUGACUGAUGAAACCUUGAUUUUCGGGUGAAUAUUUUGGGAAGCCACAUCUCUUGCCCCUCAAAUUUAACGAAAUUUGUUUACAACUUUAGUGUCGCUUAUAUACAAUGCAAAAAAUCACAUAUGCAAAUCUGAAGAGUUAGAGAGCCCCAUGUUUCGAUUCUAGCAGAAGAACAUUUUUUUCAUAGACAAAGGCUUGGUAUACUUCCAUAAUUAUAUUUAUGGUACCUGAACUUCUUGGUACAUGCUGAAUUGCUAGCACCUUCAUUGGUCAGAAGUUGCUAGCUGAUGACAAAGAUUUUUCAAAUUCGGUGUGGCUUGCUUGAGCUGGAGUCUUUCAGAUACAGUGGCAAGAGGUAGAAUCACUUUGUGUCGUUUUUACUACAAACGUGCGAUUGCCAGAAAGUACUGGAGUCUUACUCAUGCUUGGAUCAUAAAUGGCUUUUUUUUUCGAUCGUCUUCCUCAUUGCUUUCUUUUGUCAGUUCUUCUUGAAUUUUAUGCUAUUCUUCAAGGAAUGUGCUUUUCAAACCAGCCACGCUCUAUCGCACAAGUCCGAAGGAAGGUGUUUUAUCUGGUGGUAUUUUUGCUUUGUUUAGAUUUGGUUAUCGGUUCUUUGAAGUGUCACGAAGUUUGAAUUGUUUUAAAACGAGGGUGAUUUCUUUGCAAGAGGUGGCUUUGGGUGUGACAAUGUCUUACCGUUCUUUGUCAUUUGGUACCAUCUCUAAACGGUAAAUUAUGCGUAUUUCUACAUUUCCUUGUUAGAAUCGAUAAAUCGGUUACUUAAAAGGAUCAGACAUAUCGUUGGUAGACCUUGUUGCUUGUGUAUGUAAAUCCGCAGAAGGAGCAAUAUCAAACACUGUUACCGGCUAAAACCAGAAAAACGCAUUUCCAGUUUUAAUGCCUGGAUGAAUGUCUCCAAUGAUCUUGCUUUGAAUUUAUGAAGUUGUGAAAAGGGUAGAUCGGAAAUGUGAACGACAGUCAAUUUGACAAGUUUGCAACUAUGACAUUUUCUUUGACUGCACACCACAAGACCAUCGGUCAUUGUAUCAUUUAGAAUAUUUUUCAGUGUCUGAUUUGUCUAAGAGGGAGGUAAAUUGUAUCCAUGAAUUGGGGUUUUAAUAUGGAAAUAGCAGCGCAAUUUUAUUUCUGAGCGUUUUACAGACCGUACGGAAUCCCGUUUGUGCCAUCCCAGUCUACGAGCAGCUGUUUUUAAGGGCAGCUGAUUUAUGGGGGGGGACGUCGCGGACGUCUCUUUAGUUUAUGUCCAACAAUAUUACAGCCCUGAUUGCGGAAAAGCCGAGAAACAACAUUUCUAUCCCUGUCUGAAAAAUGUUACUGGACUCGAGAUCUAACUUUUGAGUAACUUUCGUUGUUAACACUAUUGCUAUUUUUAGAGCAGUUUUUUGUGGCUAUUUCUGUUAUCCACUCCAGAUAUUUCUAUUUUUCAGACCGGCUGUGUGUAAAAUGUAAACUGCUGCUCGGGGUUGCUCGUCGAACUAAAAAAUAAUGCUCUUCGGAAAAUACAAAUACCUACUUUUUAAACUGAAAUAGCGAUGGGACUAACGGAAUUUUAUAUGUUUUGUUUUCUGUUGUUUUUCUGGGGUUUUUUUUUCAUAACAAAGGGAAUCUAUUGGAACAUUUCGUCCGUUGCACGGUAAAAGGGCCUGAACGGAAUCUGCUACCCUGUUCAAUUAAUUUUGCCACACCACAUUUUGCUGUGUUUUUCUGAAGAGGUUAUCAGGUGAUAAUUUACAAGUUUCGAAGGAAUAAAAGUGCGAAUUUUUCGACUAUUAA